CCCAACCCAAAAUGACUCUGAUGAGUCUGAUCACCAGUCGACAGGUUCAUUUGAAAUUGGGGGAAAUGCUCUGCAGUCGCCACUCGCCACUAAGCAAACUGAAACACUUGAAAGAUGUCGGACGCUCUCUUCUCUCGGCGGCGGAAACAAGUAGUUCUCUCCGGCACCGCACCUAGCUCCGAGACUGUUGAUUUAGAUUGUGUCAUCGUCGAGAUCCUUUCACGGCUACCGGCCAAAUAUCUGCUCCGAUUCCGGUGUGUGUGCAAAGCAUGGCGGGCCUUGAUCUCCGAUCCUUAUUUCAUCGGAAAGCACCUGAGCCGCAUCAACACCAAAAUCAGCACCAGCUACUCUCUCUCCUACUCAAAGAACAAAUUUUCCGAUCUGCAGAGUACGAAGAAAUAUUGAAGAGUUUGAGCCGUGAUGGUCCUCUUCCGAGCAGAAGGCUUGAUUUUCCGGUACUUGAGCCACCGUUUGUUAAUCGAAAUAUUGUAAUCGUUGGCAGUUGCAAUGGCUUGAUAUGUGUAAUACUUGAUUUUGUUACUGAAGAAUCCUUUACCUUUAUGUUAUGGAAUCCUUGUACCGGAGAAUACCAGGUGCUACCACAGCCUCCCGUUCAUGCCUCCCGAGAAUGUUUUUUCGGGUUCGUUUAUGAUUCAACCACUGAUGAUUACAAAGUAAUACUGGGAAGCUAUAAAUCUGGUUAUGGCUUUGUUGAAAAUGUUGAAUAUGUUGUUGCUGUCUUUAUGCUAAAAAGGGGUUCAUGGCGGAAGCUUGAAAGGCUCAACAGGUAUUUCGGGGUGAGUUGUGAAGGGUGUUUAGUUAACGAAGCUCUGCAUUGGGUACUGAAGGAAAAGGAAGAUGGUUGGUUUAUUGAUUUAAAAAUAGUGUCAUUUGAUUUAGCGGAGGAGAAAUUUCAUGAGAUUCCAUUCCCUUAUCCUCCCAAUCCAAGUGACAGGCAGGGUUUUAUUGCCCAAGUUGGAGUUCUUAAUAAUUGCCUAACUCUAGAGUUUAUGACCAUGGGUGACAGAGGUGGGUGGAAUUUUCAGAUGUGGGUGCUGAAGGACUAUGGAGUCAAGGGAUCUUGGACUGAAGUCACAAGCAUCCCUUCAGAGGUUGUAGAUGAUGAGUAUACAUGCAUGGCAUGCAUUUCUGAUAAUGGCGAGAUUUUGAUGCAGCUGGAAGUUGCAGGCCCCUUGGCAUUAUAUAAUCCCAAGGAAAAGACAUAUAAGACUCUCAUGGGCUAUGGUGGUUACUGGUAUGAAACUGCUACUUAAAUAGAAACUUUAGUUUCACCAUUAACCGGCAGUACUGGCGCAGUCAUGUGAGAACAACCCAACGUGUCACCUUCAUCGCAUUCCUUUUGUAUGAGAUGUUGAAGUCAUAUGCGUGUCUAUGUUUUGCUCGUUCUGUAUGAGAUGCUGUAGUAGGUUUUUCCUCAGCUCACUCAAUGUCUUAUAAUCCAAUGAUAGUUAGAGUUAGAGGUAGUUAGGAGUGCCACUUUUAGAUUCAAGUUUUACCUCAACUGUUGGUACUUGAGUCAUUACUUCGGAGGUGAAAACUGAAACUGAUUAGGACUCUCUGGAUUAACUAUAACUUGUGCUGUAAAGAUGACUCGCAUUGGUAAAACUUUUUAUGCGGUAUGCCUUUGCCUCUU